AUGAGGGUUCAGUUGCUGAGGGGCCCCCCUCUCUCCCUAUUGGGGCCCCCCCUCCCCCCCCAGCAACACCAGCAACACCAGCAACACCAGCAGCAGCAGCAGCAGCAGCAGGAGCAGCAGCAGCAGGAGAAACAGAAGGAGAAGCAGCAGCAGCAGCAGCAGAUGAAAGAACAGCAGCAGCAGAAGAAAAAACCACAGCAACAUCAGCAGCAGCAACAGAACCAGAACCAAAACCAGCAGCAGCAGCACCACCCCCACCACCACCAGCAGCAGCAGCACCAGCAGCAGCACCAGCAGCAGCAGCAGCAGCAGCAGCAGCAGACAAAAGAAUAA